AUGCAUCCAAAAGGCUCCACCUGCCCUCCUCCCCCUCUUCCCUCUCUCGCUGAAGCCACCAACAUCCUUAAUGACAUUGACGACUUGGCAAACGAGCACAACAGCCUCAUGACCAAGUGGGAUUGUUCUUCACCUGCCGUUCGCUCUGUUCUCGCCCCAUACAAGUAUCUCACAAGAGAUGAGAUCCAGAAGCUGGUUGAUCGGGCAGAAGCUUUGGUCAGAAGAUUGGGCACGAACUACGGUCCGAUCAAUCCAUCCCUCGAGCGUGCUCCACGGGAGGAAUACGAUAUGUUGAAAAGGCUGUCUGAGAGUACUAGACAAAACUUGGAGAAGGUGCAAGAUGAACUUGCAACUUGGGACGAAGAUGAAGAUGAGGGCAACCUCCCGUUCCAUCCUACCGACGAAGUCCGGCAGCUUCGAGGUGAAAACAUAGAGCUCCGAAAUCGGAUUGAGGAGUUGGAGGAGGAGCUCGCGGAGAAGAAUUCUCUCAUCCAAAGUCUGAAGAAUGGAAAGGGCAAAGGAAGAGAAUAA